AUGGACACAGAAUAUUCUAAGAGAGUGUACCAAGGCGUUCGAGUCAAGCACACAGUCAAAGACCUGCUGGCCGAGAAGCGAUCCCGACAGACAAAUGGGCCCAGAUACAGCGGAGGAUCGACCUCUCCGCCUUCAUUUGUCCAGAUGCCAGGGUCUCACAUGCUGCCCAGCUACUAUGGCAUGAGGCGUCCCUUCAUCUCAGAGUCAGACUUCUGCCAGUCCACCAAGCAGUUCUCCCCUGACGUGUAUUCGCCCACACUGGGUGGCAAACCUCUGGGCUGCGAUCCCUCCACCAUGACCAGCUACCCCUCCUUCAUUGACAGCUACUACCCAGAGACCUUCGGAGAUUACCGCAGCGCUGCUGCCUUCUCCAGCUCUGGAGGAUCCUUCCUGCCCUCAUCGGCCCUCUCGUCCCUGCUGCCUCCAUUUGGUGGAGAGUCCUCGCAUUUAUUUCUGAGAGACUCAUGGGAGCAGUCAGUUCCAGAGCCAGUAUCCCAGGUGGAGGCUCUGUGUACGGACAGCCUGGCCUCCGUCAGCGUCCCGCCCUCCAUGCCCAGCCCUGAACCCCCGGGGAGCCCCUCCCAGUACCGCUCCCCCAGCCGAGGCUCCUCCAUGGGCCCCGGCUCCAGCAGCCAGCCCUACAUCCUGCACUCCAUGGAGGAAGCCCACUACCACCCCUUAACCACCAGCAGCUCUUACCAGGUCCCCUCCACCUCCUUCCCCUGCCCUUCCUACAUGAGCACUCCCAUCAGCGACCUGGUGUCCAAGAUGGUGACAGAGGAGGAGGCCGACAGCCACACCAGCCUCGCCCCCAACAGCGAGGCUCACUCCUCCUGGGCCAAGGAAGAUGGAGUGAGCUCCUGGUCGCCCUAUGAGAUCAGGAGGGCUUACUGACUAGAGGACGGGCCUGAGGGUCAAUAUUUAUAAGAAGAUGGAAGUUUUACAGACAAUUAAAAUCAACCAGCACUUGACACGCCUCCCACAGACCUUAGUUAGCUGGAGCACCUUAACGCUACGUGCUGUGCUUGAGAUUAUGAAAAACUAGUUUGCAUAUGAGCUGAGAUACAUAACUGCAAUAAUGGAUAAAUGGGUGAAAUGUCCAGUUUCUUGUCAUCUAAGUGGAAGUGGUGAAGGCAAACUUGACCAAACCUACUGAAGAAAAGUAGCCCAGCCCAAACAUUGACAGCUCCAGGAUCACUGUCUUGUGUGUGAAAUUUUUUUUGCAACAGCAUCCACAGUGUAACGGAAUACAUGAUGUUAGUUAAAAUCCUGUUUAAUAUCAGUUCAGAUAGGAUGAAAUUAAACCUUUCUGCCCUUGGGAAUCCAAUGCCGGUAACACUUUACCUAAACCCCAUUUAAA